AUGAGUACGGCAGAUAUAAAUAAAGUGGACAGUGACGAGAGUAAGACUUUAGAUAAACAACAGAUCGAAGCGGAAGAAAAAGAAAUCAUGUUGAAAGAAAGCGAAGCUACCGAAGCCGAUGUCGAGCUUAGGAACGACGGUGGGCCGGUAAAAGCUGCGCUCAGCGGCGAUAUUACCGAGCAGGGGCGUGAAGACGAGGAAGCGAUCGAAAAGGAUAUUGACAAUGAAAAAGCUCAUGACAAAACUGAUGACGAAACUAAAUCCAAACAGAGAUUCCAAUUUCUCCAGACCUGCCCGUUUUCACAGUAUCUACAUCAGACUGCUAAUGAAAAUGAUGGAGACAAUGCUACCAACAAAAAAAGUUUUGGAAUGUUCAAUGUGUACCCAAAGAUAUUCAAGAAGCAAUCGGCAACCAACGAGGCUGCUCUCGCCUCUAUGGAGACUUUAGAAGAUAAACUUGACACACCCAAUGACGGGAUGGAAAAUGUUAAAUUGGAUAUUGUGGAUGAUCAAGAAGGCAAAGUGGCGACAAGGCUCCCGCUGAAAGAAAGGAUUAGACAGAAGAAGUUUAUAACUGAUGACCUCUUAGUGUGUGGUGUGGUUGUAUUGGUGUUGUUAGCCGUGAUCGUGGGCAUCGUGAUAGGAGCUCGAGUGGGACCUCCCAAUGAGAGGCCGCUGAGACUGGGUCGCUUCAUCACCACACAGACCUCCUGCGGCCUCGUUGAAGGGAUAUUGGAGAAGGCGGUGUACCAGUUUUUCAGUAUUCCCUACGCCGUGCCCCCCGUUGGUGAGAGAAGGUUCACAUACGCACAACCACUGAACGACUUAUCGAUGUGUUGGAACGGAACCCUGGACGUGCAUAAGAAGGGCCCGCCGUGUAUUCAGCUGUUGGAGAACGGUACCGUCAUCGGCGAAGAAGACUGUUUAACGUUGGACAUAGUGACCCCACACGUGAGGUACGACUCCCCGCUGCCCGUGGUCGUGUUAAUAGGCGCCAACACACUAGCGGGCGGCGUGGGGCCCGUGCAACCCUCCGCUACCUACGCCUGGACGAACGAAGUCGUCUUCGUCAGACCCAACUUCCGACUGGGAGCCUUCGGCUUCCUCGCCCUCGACAUCCUGUCCCAGUCCAAGUACCCGCCUUCAUCCGGCAACUACGGCCUCAGCGACCUCGUGGUGGCGCUGCAGUGGAUCCAGUACAACAUCAAAAACUUCGGAGGCGACCCCACGUCCGUGACGCUGCUGGGGCACCGUGCGGGCGCCACGCUGACCGCCGCCCUCACCACCGUCCGCCGCGCCCACUCGCUCUACUCCCGCGCCUGGCUCUCCUCGCCCUCCGUCAUCUUCCCCGGGGAGCCGCUGGAGCGCGCGCACAAGAACAACGAGCAGUUCAAACACAUCCUCAAGUGUAACGACGUGGAGUGUCUGCGGCGCGCCAACCCCAUGGAGAUCAUCUCCGCCACGCCCGACACCUGGCUGGGCAGCGACGCGCACACGCUGCCGCGCACCGGGGAGACCAAGCGCUCCUGGCUCGUGCUGGACGGGGAGUACCUCAGGACGCACGCGUAUGAGAGCUGGGACUCUCAGAAGGAGGCCAAGAACAUCGGCAAGGAGAAGUUCUUCAAGCCGUUGGUGUUCGGCACCUCGCAGCACUCGGCGCACUCCGCCCUGCUGCGGAACAAGCACGUGGAGUGGAGCGCCGAGCUGGUGGAGCGCGAGGUGGAGGCCAGCGCGCUCGGGGACAGGAACCUUACGCGUGACAUGCUGGACCUGUACGGACGGACCUACCUGGGGCUCGCGGAGCUGACCUCGGCCGUGCGCACGCUGUGCCCGCUGGUGUCCCUGGCGCGCAUGAGGCUCGGCGCGCCGCUGUACGUAGUGACGGCGGCCGGCGUGGCGCGCGGCGCGGGCCCGGCCACCGCGGACGCCGACAUAGAGGCCAUGCUGGGCAGCCUCAAGUCCACCGCGCCGGAGACGAGGCGCUUCAUAGCGGCCAUGCAGCAGCUGUUCUACUAUUUCGUGUGGCACGGCAAAACGGCGGCGGGGAUGGGCGGGCUGGUGGAGGUGGGCCAGGACUCCCGGCCGCUGGCAGGGCUGCCGGCCUGCGACCGACUCAUACAGGAGGACAUCGUGCCGCGGUACGCUCACGUGGACUGA